CAUGACAAUCAAAAUUUGUUUGACAAGUUUACGUUGUUAGUGCGACCCGAAAAUAUUUUAUUGAUCUAACAGGUAACAAUUUAAUGUGCUAAGCCCGAUAAGAAUCAUGGAAAAAGCUUUUGAAAUACAGAAAAAAGCCCGAGAUAAUGUUAAAGCUUUACAAACUUACAUGACAGACUUGCAGAAUUGGGAAGCCGAGAUGAAAAGAAAAGAGGCUGCUUUGAACGGUGAAUUCGAACAGGAUCUGCCUCCAGUCCGCAGCAAGAUCAAAAAGGAGAAGCCAGUGGUGCCGAAAAAGAAACCUGAGAAAAAGAUCCGAGGCUCUGACUAUACGGCAUGGGACAAGUAUGAUGUUGAUAAAGCUUGUGAGGAAGUAGACAUGGCUGACGUUGGACCUGUCUCCCUGGACAGCAAGAAGAGCCAGCAAGCCAAGCUGGAGAAACUCAAGGAAGAAGCCCAGUAUGAGAAGGAGAGGGGCAACACAUUUGUGAAGCAAGAGAAAUGGGACGAGGCAAUAGCGUGCUACAACCGAGCUAUAGACCUCGUGAAGGAUGAUGCUAUCUACUUUGCUAAUAGAGGCUUGUGCCAUCUCAAGAAGGAUAGUCUCCACCAAGCUGAAUCAGACUGCACAGAAGCUCUCCGCUUAGACCCAACGUAUGUCAAAGCCUUACAGCGCCGGGCCACCGCCAGGGAACGGCUCGGGUCACUCCGGUCUGCGUCUCAUGAUCUCAAUGAAGUGCUCAAGUUGGAACCACAUAAUACGGCUGCUAGGAAACAGUUGGAUGCCAUUAAAAUGAGGAUGGGGACUAAAGGGGCCAAAUCAAAAUCAUCGCCCACAACAACGCCCACCGCGGAAAGCAAGCCGCUCUUCAAGUCUAAGCCUCAGCCAAAGAUAGUGGAACUGCCUCCGGAGCCCGUCACUCCUGCAGCUGAUGAUUGGAGGAAAGGCGUCGGAGAGAACAUCAUGGUCAUCAAGCCUGUGAAGAAACCACCACAUUUGAGAUCUAAGAGAGCAUUGAAAUCAAUACCGAUUCAAGAAGUAUUACUUGGCGAGAAAACUCCAGAGAAACCGCCGACUCGUCUCAAAAUUAUCGAAAUUGAGGACACUAUGGCUCUCGGAGAUUCCAACAAUAAUGACUCUAACAAAAUUGAUGAAACUCCCGCACAAAGAGUAGAUAUUAAAGGAGGAGGUGACAAAGUAAUUGCUAGUCCAGAAUCGAUGAAACUCAUCACCGAUACGAUAGUUACGGAGAAGGAAAAGAGGAACUUCGUGCCGCCAGUCAAUAGUGUUCAAUUUAUGUCUGAAUGGAAAUAUUUGAAGGAUCAGUGGGAUGCCAAAUGUCAAUAUUGGAGUCUAAUAGAACCAUCAAAGAUCCCGUCGAUAUUCGCGAACGCUCUAGAAAGUUCCAUCCUAUCUGACGUGAUACACAUGCUGGAGGCGUUCCCGGCGCAGUUCAGCGGCAAGCUCACGGCGUACCUGCUGGCUCUCACCACGGUGCAGAGAUUCUCUGCGCUAGCUAUGUUCCUCUCGCAUACUGAUAAACAGAAGUUAAUGAAGGUGUUAGAAUAUUGCAAGACAUCUGAGAACACGACUGACGAGGUGAUCGCCGAUUUAAAGAACAAAUACGAGCUCUAAACACAUCAUUAUUAUAGUUGAUUAGUCAUAAUUACCAAUAUUAUACGAUACUUACAGAUUUAAACAUACUGCGCUUGAGAAAUUACGUAUGUAGGUAUUUCUGUUUGAUUUUUGUUUUACUGUUGUCUCGUCACACAAAACUAAGAACUAAAAUGUCUGCGAAAAUAAAAUUAUAUGUAUAGCUAUCGGCAUGAAUCUUGAGCUCUGACCUUCACCUGCACAGAAGUAAUUUAUUGGGUCCCUUUUGUGGUAUGGAGUGAGGUGCGGGGGCGGGCUAAAGCGGUGAUUGGCCCGCAGUGCAUCGCGUCAUAGCCGUCACUCGGGAUUGGUUCUUUGCUAAUAAAUCACUUCUGCGCAGAUGUAGGUCAGAGCUCAAGAUUCGUGCCGAUAACUAUAUCUAUAAUUUACUCAAAACUAUGUGUAUUAAAAUGCAUUUACCUACAAAAAAUAUUUAAAAUAAUUUUUAAUAGUUGUAUGUUGAGUUGGGAGUAUUCUCCGAAACUUUCAAAAAUAUUCCUGUCUUAAAACAUAUAAAAUACCAAAAACCUAAUUAUAUAUAUGUAAUUUCUCAAGCGCAUUCACGGCGCAUAGGCCAGGUGCUAGAAACAAGUGGAGUAGUUAUUAAGAACACACAAUUUAUUAUUAACGUAAACAUAUAAUGGACAAUAGUCAUUUCCUUCAAUAUUUCUCAAAAUCUUAACUGUAACUUUAUCAAAUUAUAAUAUAUUACACAAAACAAACUUAAUUCGAUGACUUAGUACAUAAUUCUCUGAUUUUAUGAGCUACAGAUUUAUAAAAAUGUGUAAUCGUAAUUUUGGCGUUUGCUCAAAAUCUUUGUUAAUAAAUGAUUAGCUCUUAAUAAUUUGUUUUUCUUUUAUUCUAUGUUAUUUUCAAUAACUGCAAUUUUUGUAAUUAUACUCUAAUAUUUUUCGGGGCAUACACACGAAAUAUACUUUACUUUUUUAAUACAUGUUCAUAAAAUCCUAGUUGAAGUUAAGUAGAUUUUUGUCACUUAAUACCUACUUAAUAAUAAUAGUACCACAAUCAAUUAACUUAUAGCUUCAAACUUGCAAGAGUAGUAUAAUUAUAUUUACGCAUCAAAAUAAUAUUAAGUUGUUAUGAACUAAUUUUAUCCACUUAUUUCUAGUAUCGAUAACUUAAGUCACGUAACUUUUAACUAGGUACAGAAAUUGGUAACUUUCGAAAAAUUAUAGAAAUUACGAAGUUUUUUCUUACUUAGUUGUUAUUCUAUUUUUACCAAGUUCUAAAAGUUGCGUGUUAUUUUAGAGGGUCAGUGGCCUAAGCCCCCAUUGAUCGAAGCACAUAUGGCCGAAGCCCCCGAUUCGGUUAAUUAAAUGCAAUUUUCGGGGCGUCGGCUACAGAUACUUCGAAGAGUGGGGUCCUAUGCCACUGACCCAUUUUAGAUUGUUUAUUUGUUCAAGUCACUAUUGUGAUGGAAUGAGUUUUUUUUUGUAAUUAUGGUGCGAAGGAGCGUUUGAGUUCUGUGAUUGAUUUUAAGCCCCAAUAAAGAUUAUGAAUUUAUA